AUGUCAAAAUUAGUAAAAGAAGAAGUUGGUACUGAUACUGGAUCUGAUUCAUUUCUCAGAAUUUUUCUUAUACCAAAGAGGAUGAAUGCAUACAUUUUUUAUGAUUUUAUGAAAUUACUUACCAACUAUUAUAAUAAUGUCUAUGAGACAGAUAUAUUUGUUCUACUUAAAGAUUUGGAAUUUAAUGAUAUAAAAAUUCUUCAAGAAUUCUUGCAAUUUUUGCUAAAAAUGAAGAUGUAA